GCGCGGAGCGGGCGGUGACGGCGGCGGAGGCAGCGGCUGGGCCCGGGCCCCGUGCGUCUGUCCGCGCCCGGUGGAUGUGAAUCGGCGGCGGCGGCGGCGGCGGCGGAGGAGUCGGUGGGCCGGCGCCCGGCCUGUGGGAGCGCGGAGGAUGAGGCCGCUGCCGGGCGCUCCUGGCGUGGCGGCGGCCGCCGCGUUGUUGCUGCUGCUGCUGCCCCGGGCUCGGUCUGACGAGCACGAACACACGUAUCAAGAUAAAGAAGAAGUUGUUUUAUGGAUGAAUACUGUUGGACCCUACCACAAUCGCCAAGAAACAUAUAAAUACUUUUCACUUCCAUUCUGUGUAGGGUCAAAAAAAAGUAUCAGUCAUUACCAUGAAACUUUGGGAGAAGCACUUCAAGGAGUUGAAUUAGAAUUUAGUGGCCUGGAUAUUAAAUUUAAAGAUGAUGUGAUGCCAGGUACUUAUUGUGAAAUUGACUUAGAUAAAGAAAAGAGAGAUGCAUUUGUGUAUGCUAUCAAGAAUCACUAUUGGUACCAGAUGUACAUAGAUGACUUACCAAUAUGGGGUAUUGUUGGUGAAGCAGAUGAAAAUGGGGAAGAUUACUAUCUUUGGACCUACAAAAAACUUGAAAUAGGCUUUAAUGGAAAUCGAAUUGUUGAUGUUAAUCUAACCAGUGAAGGAAAGGUCAAAUUGGUUCCAAAUACUAAAAUACAGAUGUCAUAUUCAGUAAAAUGGAAAAAAUCAGAUGUAAAAUUUGAAGAUCGAUUCGACAAAUAUCUUGAUCCAUCCUUUUUUCAACAUAGGAUUCACUGGUUUUCAAUUUUCAAUUCCUUCAUGAUGGUGAUCUUCUUAGUGGGUUUAGUUUCAAUGAUUUUAAUGAGAACUUUAAGAAAAGAUUAUGCUCGAUACAGUAAAGAAGAAGAAAUGGAUGACAUGGACAGAGACCUAGGAGAUGAAUAUGGAUGGAAGCAAGUGCAUGGAGAUGUGUUUAGACCGUCAAGUCACCCUCUGAUAUUUUCUUCUCUCAUUGGUUCUGGAUGUCAGAUAUUUGCUGUGUCUCUCAUUGUUAUUAUUGUUGCCAUGAUAGAGGAUUUAUAUACAGAGAGGGGAUCAAUGCUCAGUACAGCCAUAUUUGUCUAUGCUGCUACAUCUCCGGUGAACGGGUAUUUUGGAGGAAGUCUGUAUGCUAGACAAGGAGGAAGGAGAUGGAUAAAGCAGAUGUUCAUUGGGGCAUUCCUCAUUCCCGCUAUGGUGUGUGGCACUGCCUUCUUCAUCAACUUCAUAGCCAUUUAUUACCAUGCCUCUAGAGCCAUUCCUUUUGGAACAAUGGUGGCCGUUUGUUGCAUCUGUUUUUUUGUUAUUCUUCCUCUAAAUCUUGUUGGUACAAUACUUGGCCGGAAUCUGUCAGGUCAGCCCAACUUCCCUUGUCGUGUCAAUGCUGUGCCUCGUCCUAUCCCGGAGAAAAAAUGGUUUAUGGAGCCUGCGGUUAUUGUUUGCCUGGGAGGAAUUUUACCCUUUGGCUCAAUCUUUAUUGAAAUGUAUUUCAUCUUCACAUCUUUCUGGGCAUAUAAGAUCUACUAUGUCUACGGCUUCAUGAUGCUGGUGCUGGUCAUCCUGUGCAUAGUGACCGUCUGUGUGACCAUCGUGUGCACAUACUUCUUGCUAAAUGCAGAGGAUUAUAGGUGGCAAUGGACAAGUUUUCUCUCUGCUGCAUCAACUGCAAUCUAUGUUUACAUGUAUUCCUUUUACUACUAUUUUUUCAAAACAAAGAUGUAUGGCUUAUUUCAAACAUCAUUUUACUUUGGAUAUAUGGCGGUAUUUAGCACAGCCUUGGGGAUAAUGUGUGGAGCAAUCGGUUACAUGGGAACAAGUGCCUUUGUUCGAAAAAUCUAUACUAAUGUGAAAAUUGACUAGACACCUGAGACAGCCUGGAACUUCGGAUCAGUUUCUCUUUCAUGAGGGUGGAACUUGCACAGAAAAGAAGAAUAAGCGCAAGAAGAGAUUUGGGCUGAACACUGGGUACUUCGUGGGUCUCUUUCAUGGAUGGCUUAAAGUAACAUCUAUUUCCAUUGAUCCUAGGUUCUUACUGACUGCUUUCUCCAACUGUUCACAGCAAAUGCUUGGAUUUUAUGCAGUAGGCAUUACAGUACAUGGCUAAUCUUCCCCAAACUAGCUCAUUAAAAAUGAAAUAGACCAGCUCUCUUCAGUGAAGAGGACAAAUAGUUUAUUUAAAGCAUUUGUUUCAAUAAAAGAACUAGAGGGAAACGUGGAUGCUAAAAUUCCAUGAGUAGAAAUCUUCCUGGCACUUGGUGUUUCUAUGUUAUUGAAAAAUGAUGUUCCAGAAAGAUUAUUUUUUCUCUUAUUUUUACUGCCAUUGUUGAUCUAUUGUGGGACAUUUUUAUAUACUGAACCUGGGUUCUUUCUGACCUGCUGUUGUUCGUCCCUUCACUCAAUUGCAUCUUUUUUUUUUUUUUUUAAACAAAAUUAAAAACUAUUAAAUUCUGCAUGGAAUAUAUCUGCUGUCAUCUUAAUCUUAGUUGGAUCAACCUCAUUUAUUUAUCUUAAAAUUAACUAGUUAUAUCUCAGUUCCAUCCAAAGAAAAUACAGUAUGAAAAUAGAGGUGUAUUCUCUAUAAUGCAAUUUACUGUACAGUUAGAAAGCAAAGUGUUAAAUGGAGAAAAUACUUGUUUUUAUUAAACAUUUGGAGAUUUAGAUAAAUUACAUUUUAACUGAAUGUCUAAAGUGAUUAUCUUUCCCUCCCUCUCCCUAAGUUAGUCUUACAUCUUUUUUGGGGGGUUUCAAUGAAGGCUUUACAUAAGAAAUUAUUAAAAAAAUAAGGGGGGCAUAAGUGUAUAUACCAUUAAUAAUGUCAUGUAGGUGUAGGUUCGUGGACGCAUUUGGAUGUACAGAUGACUGGAAGACUUCUUUGGGAUGAUGAUUGCUGUAGAAAUGUGUGGGUUUGGGUGGCUUUUUACAUCUUGCCUACCAUUGCAUGAAACAUUGGGGUUUCUUCAAAAUGUGUGUGUCAUACUUCUUUUGGGAGGGGGUUGUUUUCUUCUUUUAUGAAACUCCUACUGGAGCUAAAUUUGUAAUUUAGAAACAUUUAAUUUUGUUAAUCCUGUCUGGGACAUUUAAGUAACAUCUAAAGCAUUAUUGCUUUAAAUGUUCAAAUAAAAUUUCCUGACCAAA